AUGGCCGCCAACAAGAAAGUUCAGCCUAAGGGCAAGGGUAACAAGAAGGCCCAGGAUGCCGCCAAGGCCGCUCUCAAGGGCUCCAACUCCCACAAGAAGGUCAAGGCCCGCUUCAGCACCUCCUUCCACCGCCCCAAGACCCUGAUCACCUCGCGAGCCCCCAAGUACCCUCGCCGAUCUAUCCCUCACCAGCCUCGUCUGGAUGAGCACAAGAUCAUUGUCCACCCUCUCAACACUGAGAGCGCCAUGAAGAAGAUGGAGGAGAAUAACACCCUCGUCUUCAUUGUCGACAUCAAGAGCAACAAGGCCCAGAUCAAGCUUGCUCUCAAGAAGCUCUACGACAUUGACUGUGUCAAGGUCAACACCCUUAUCCGCCCUGACGGUACCAAGAAGGCCUACGCCCGCCUGACCCCUGAUGUCGAUGCUCUCGACAUUGCUGCCAACAAGCUCUCUCUCGUCUAA